AUGCGCCACGCCAUGCCCCCUCGCCCCAUGCCGUGCCGUGCCCGGUGCCACCUCCCCGUCCCCGUGUCCCUGUCCCCGCAGCGGCAGGCCUGGCUGCUGGAGCAGUUUCGCCUCCUCUACACCGUGGGCUACUCCCUCUCCCUGGUCGCCCUCCUCCUGGCGCUGCUGCUGCUCCUGCUUUUCAGGCGCCUGCGCUGCACCCGCAACUUCAUCCACGCCAACCUCUUCCUCUCCUUUGUGCUGCGGGCGGGCGCCAUCCUGACGCGGGACGCGCUGCUGCAGCGGCGCCUACGCCCCGGCCCUGGGCACCCACUGCAGCUGCUGGGCCAGGAGGCAGUGGCAGGGUGCCGGCUGGCCCAGGCUCUCACCCAGUACUGCGUGGGGGCCAACUAUGGGUGGCUGUUGGCCGAGGGACUCUUCCUCCACAAGCUCCUGGUGUUGGCCGCCUUCUCCGGCGAGCGCUGCCUCCCUGCCUUCCUCCUCCUCGGCUGGGGAGCCCCCGUGCUCUUCGUGGUGCCGUGGGUGGUGGUGAGGUACCUCUAUGAGAAUGAGGGGUGUUGGGAGAGGAACGAGAAGGCUGCGGUGUGGUGGAUCAUCCGCUGUCCCAUCCUGAUGGCGGUGGCGGUGAACUUCGUGGUGUUCGUGCGCAUUGUCCGCAUCUUGGUGGCCAAAGUCCGAGCGCAUCAGGUGUCCCGCGGGGACACCAGGGUCAG